CAUUUAAGGGGAUAUCAAUCAGACAAAUGUUGUUUUAUUCAUUUUAACAGUGGCUUUUAUCUGUUUUUGCAAAAUUAACUCUUCAUAUGUUUGACAUUACUCAUGUUUUUUUGUCUUAUUAUGAGCAAACUAUUAUAAAAGUCCAACAACAGAAAUCCAAAUAGACUUAUUUGGGAUUUAGGAGGGGUAGUACUGUCCACUCUAAAGAUACAACUGUAUUUAACCCUGUUUUUUUACAGCAGUAAUGCACCAUUUUCUGUAGUGGAAUUCUGAAACAACGUCGUCAAGUCAGUUCGAAAUCAUGUUUAUAAGCAAUUCUCAUACAAAUAAUACAAAUUAUGAAGUAUUAAGCUGAUAUCAUGUUAAGCAGUCAAGCUGUUACAGGGCCAGAAACAGAACUGAUUGAAAAAAAAUAAUCCAAAAUGAUUUGAAGGAUAACUUUCUUUCUCGAAUAUGUUGUCCUUUAUGAAGCUCAUUCAUAUUCUAUUCUCAUAUUUUCCCCAUGCUUUUCAACAGAUAACAUGGAGGUGCUCACACUGCUGCUCAUGCUCCUCACAGUUUCUGGAUAUUCAUACGUGUUGCAACCCAGACUGACAGUCACCCAGAUAUCUGGACUGGACCGAGACCAGCAGUCUGAGAUGAGGAGUGAGCAGCCUGGAGAUGUUUUCAUAUCAAUGGAGGAGAAAGAAAAGAGAAGAAACCCAGAGGAGGAACAGAGGAGUGAAGGACUGACUCCAGAGACAAACCCGGAGAAGGAGACGAGGAUGUCUCCUCCUGAGACGUUUGACAAGACGGAUGAGGAAUUUAAGAAAAGUUAUCACACGGAUAAACUGACGCAAGAAGAAGUGGAAGAGGAACGAGAGAGCAGGCUGGUUGCGGGGAUUAAUCUCCACGAGGAGAUUGGAGGGGAAAAGACUGUAAAUCAAGAAAAUGUGGAAGAGAAAGGAGGAAAUGGAGAGAAGGAAGAUCACGUGGUAGUUAGCGAUCUCACACCUCCUUUUUCCUCUCAUCAACUGGGGGGAGAAUUAGUGAUUCCUGCUACAAUUCAAAUUAUCACUGAGUCUCAAAAUCCUCUUAGUUCUCCUCCUCCUGUUCAUUAUCAUAAUGUCCCUCAAUCACAAGUCUCCUCUCACCCUCCCACUCCUAGUCUUUCCAGUCCCACUACGAUCAACCACAUCCCAGUCUCAACAGUGCUUCCUGGCGAGGCGAGGUCCGUCUUGCUGCUUGAGGAUCUCCUCACUGAGGUGUUGCAGAGUCAUCUCAAGAAGCAGAAUGAACUGGAAGCAAAGACUAGCUCAGAGGAUGUGAUGGUCAAACAUAUACAGUUUAAACCUGCACGGCAGGACCUGCAAACCACCGUCGUUCAGCCAGAAUACAUCCCCGAGGUGGGAACAGCAACGCCAAAACCCAAAGAAGCAAUAACCAAAGAUUCAAACGAGUUAAAUCGUACGCCCAAAUCAAAUGAAAAUAAUCCCAAGGUGGAGCUUAAACCAAACACGACUCGACCCAAAACAGUUAAACUGAUGGAAAAUGACACCAAACUUUCAGCGAGGCAAAAUCCUCCUCAACCGCAGCUGACCAAACCUUCGGCCAGACCGCGGCUGACAUCGACUGCCAAAACGUCUUCAAAUAGGUCACCGAAAAUCAACAGAAGCAGUAAAAAUAACACGAUUAAGAAGGAAAAGAAAAGGAAAAAGAACAAUAAAACCCAAAAACCACCAGAGAAGAAGAAGGUCAUCACGCCAACGCACUUUCCUUACUUUAAGAAUGACUACUGUCCUCCUGAGUGUGCGUGCUAUGGAAGAGUGGUCCAGUGCUCAGACAAAGGCGUGGACAAGGUGCCGUACGGUAUUCCCUAUAACGCCCGCUACAUCCUCCUCAUGAACAACCACAUCGACAGCAUCCAGCUGGACCUGCUCAACGGUUACGUCUCCAUGGAGUUCCUCGUGUUGAGCAACAAUCGUCUCACUGAUGGUUCCAUAGAGGGGGCCUUUGAGGGAGUGCUGGCUCUGAAGCGCCUCUACCUGGAUAGGAACCUCCUGGUCAGUGUGCCGACUGAUCUUCCGGUGUCUCUGGAGGAGCUUCGUUUGGACGAUAACCGGCUGAGUGUGAUGUCCGAGGCGGCCUGGGCCCGCUGCCCCGGCCUCCUGGUUCUGAGCCUCCGUAACAACAGCCUGGGGAACGGAUCUGAAUCUCUUCCCGACGCGGUGCUCUCUGCUUUGGGCAACCUGCGCACUCUGAACCUGGAUCACAACCAGUUAACGUCGGUCCCUCUGGGUUUACCCUUGUCCAUCAAGGAGCUCUACCUCAAAGGGAACCUCAUUAAGCAGUUCCGCGGGGGAGCAUUCAACGGCAUAUCAGAGCUGGUGGUGUUAGAUUUGAGUUCAAACAGACUGACAAACAAGGGUCUUCCGAGGGAGUCCCUUCUCAACGCAACUCGCUUGGAAAGCCUCAACUUAGAGGGGAACAGGCUAAAACAAGUGCCACGACACCUCCCCCGCUCGCUCAAAACUCUAAAUCUGGAGGGCAACCUCAUAUCGUCCAUAAAGAAAGCAGCUUUUGGCGCAUUAAAAAACCUGGAACACUUGGGUUUAGCAAGAAAUAAAAUCGUCAAAGUGGCACCGGGGGCGUUCAGGACGUUGCCCGUCCUGCACCAGUUAGACAUGUGCCACAACGCCUUGCGCCAGAUGCCCAGACAGCUGCCGGAGGCCUUGCACUCGGUAGCGCUCAACCACAACAAGAUCCAAUCGGUGCCUCGUGACGCUUUCUGCUGGGGCAAUAAGAGUCUCAGCGGGCUUGUACGAGUGCAGCUGGACCACAAUUUAAUCAAUAUGGGGAAGUUGGAUGCGCCGGCUUUCAGGUGCUUACGGGGGUUCCAGGUGGUGCACUUCUACUGAACAAUCUAGGACUAUUUACGCACAAACAGUGUGUAUUUUUAUUGUACUUUGUAACCCUGAUCCAAGACCUGUGGUGAAACCAACCAUCAAGUAAAAAAUAUAUUGUGUGUGAGAUUCUAUUUAUUGUGUACCCACGCCUCACUGUUUGGCUGCUUUUAUGACGUAAAUUAUCUUCCCACAGUGUGUUUUUCCCAACAUGCCUUUAGGGUCGGAGAACAAUGGAUUACAUAAAGAGUCUAACCAGGAUAUCAGUCAAUCAACCAAACUUAUGUCAUCUGGUUUGAGACCUUACUGGUGGUUUUUCUUGUGACCAUUUUCCAAAGCAGAACCAUUUCGGUUUGGUUUCCAUUCAUUGCAGCAACAUGUGUUGCUUGCAAUGAGACACAUCAGCAUCUUUAUUUUAUAGGUUUAAUUCAUGGAGGUACAUUGGAGUAGUCAAGCAUCUAUGUUUCAUUUGACAGAAAAUGUAAUUGAGAGUUGUUAUAAUAUGACAUGGAUAAUGUGAAAAGUUCGAUGAGUUUGGUCCUUUUUUCCAUCAUAAAUUGCAAGAGUAUACAUGUUGAUGUGAGAGAUUCUCUCUCUCAGGUGCAUUUAAAGUAUCUGCCAGGUGAAUUUGAUUCUGCAGGGAAAUGAAUAAAUUAGGAAAUAAAUCUAAAAACUUGCUAAAAUUGAAUUUUUUGUAGGGGUGGAGUGGGGGUUGUUUGUUCAAGUAAGCUACAUCUACUGUACACACAUUUACAUAGUGCAAAUAUUGUAAAAUUGGUGUGAAUUCACUGAAGUUCCUUAUAACUUAUACAGAUAUACAAACAAACUCAGCUGGUUCUUUCAAAGAUUUUUUGUUGUUUAAGUUAAUUUUAUUUUGGUCGAUUUAAACUUCAAUUACUCAAAUACACAUACAAAAAAUUAUUAAAAAAAACAAAGGGUCAUUACUUUUAAAAUAGUAAAAAAAAAAGAAUAGCAAGUUUAUGCUGACCGGAAAUGUGUGGGCUGAAGCUUUAGCCUGUUAUACCUCCCCCCUUUUUUACAUUCAUUGUUCUGUACAUUUCUCAUUCAAAUUAUACACAAAAAAAAUGAAGAAAACAGUUGUAAACCUGCUUUUCUCUUGUUUUGCUUGAAAAAUACACUUUUGCAUUUUUCUUUUGUCUUUUAUUUUUGGACUUUUUGGGGCUAUUAAAGGCCUCUCCACUUUGGAUUUCCUUGUGAGCUCAUUAAUUGCAGUCACCCCUAUUCUCCCCUGUAUACGUGACUUGACAUUUGGUUAAUAGUGUACAUAUUGUGAACUUGAUGUGGAUGAAAUAAAGUUCUCUCUGUAGAAACGAGCUCUGCUGGU